AAGAAAAGUUAUAUGCUGACUUUCGUCUAGUUCUAACUUCUAGUAGCAUUUUGUGGAUAUUUUGGAUGCAGUAGUGGGUGACGUUAUCAGUUCUUUCUAGAGCCUGAAGGGCAGAUUUGGAAUCGGUGCGAAAAACAAAUAUCGCAUUAGCAUUAACAAAUUGUAUACAUGGGCACCGCACUGCUCUCCUAAAAUGCAGUCAGAAGAUGCCAAGUAUUUGAAGAAGCGUGUCAAGACUGGCAGCAUUGAUGUCCAUCCUACCGAGAAGGCUCUGCUAGUCAACUAUGAGCUGGAGGCCACCAUCCUCGGAGAGCUUGGAGAUCCCAUGCUUGGGGAUAAAAAGGAAUGUCAGAAGAUCAUCCGCUUGACAUCUCUGAGUGCUGAGACGAACGUGGCGCAGCUGGCGCGUGAGGUGAUGGCUCGCUGUCAGCUGAUCCCGCCGUCACGUCAGCCGGAGCUGGAGCAGGCCAUCUUCUACCUGCAGCACCGGCGACCGCCGCGGGGCGGCGAGACGAGGCAGCAGAGCGCCGCGCCGGGUCCGUCGCGUCCCGACUCUGCCGCCUCGUCGCCGGAGCCGGCCGAGCUGGCGCAGCUGACCGACGUGGAUAGCUAUGUGGAGCUGCUCUAUGAGGAGCUCUCCGAGAAGGAGCGGGGCGCCCAGCUGCUCCUCCAGCUGGCCAGGAACCCCGACAACCUCGACGAGCUGGUUAAUAACGAAGCCAUGAUUGGCGCCCUGUCGCGGACUCUGCGAGAGGAGUGGAAAAAGUCCACGGCGCUGGCCACCAGCAUCGUCUACAUCUUCUUCUGCAUGUCCACGUUCUCACAGUUCCACGGCAUCAUCGUCAAGCAGAAGAUGGGCUCGCUAUGUAUGGACAUCGUCGACCACGAGCUGAAGCGCUACGCCCAGUGGAGGGAGGACCUGGCCCGCAGGAAACGGGCCGCCUCAGAGGCUGAGUUUCAGCAGGCGCGGGUUACACUGGUCAGGCUGGUGAAGAAACAAAACCAGCUGCUCAGAGUGUGUCUGUACCUCCUCCUGAACCUGGCCGAAGACGUGAAGACGGAGGAGAAGAUGCGCCGUCGCGGCGUGGUGCCCCUGCUGUGCCGGUGUCUGGACCGGGACAGCGCCGACCUCCUCCUGCUGGUCGUCACAUUCCUCAAGAAGCUGUCCGUUUACGUGGAGAACAAGGAUGACAUGCUGGAUCUGUCCGUGUGUGAGCGUCUCUCCCCUCUGGUGCCUCACGAUAACGCCGACCUGCUGAACGUGACGAUCCGGCUGCUGCUCAACCUGUCGUUUGACGCCAAACACCGCGCCCAGAUGGUCAACGUCGGACUCCUGCCCAAGCUGGUCAACCUGAUACCGUCGCCUCGGCAGCGUUCGGCCGCCAUAGCCGUGCUCUACCACCUCUCCAUGGACGACAAGGUCAAGUCCAUGUUCGCCUACACCGACUGUAUCCCCAUCUGUAUGAAACUGGUUCUGGAGUGGCCAGAACCCAAAGUCGGUCUGGAGCUGAUGGCGCUGUGUAUCAACCUGACGGCCAACAAGCGCAACGCCGAGCUGGUCUGCGAGGGGGACGGUCUGCCGCUGCUGGUGGCACGUGCCUUCCAGCACCAGGACCCGCUGGUCAUGAAGAUGGUCAGAAACAUCAGCCAGCACGAGGGACAGACCAAGGUUCUAUUCCUGGAGUUUCUGGGCGAGUUUGCCGAAUCACUCCACUCGUGCUCCGAGGAGGAGUUUGUCGUGGAGACAGUCGGCGUGCUGGGCAACCUCUCCAUCCCCGACCUGGACUUUGACCGGCUGUUUCGACAGUUCCGGCUCGUCGACUGGAUGAAGAGCAAACUGACCUCAGGGAGCUGCGAGGACGACCUCCUACUAGAAGUAGUGGUCCUGAUGGGUACCGCCUGUGCCGACGAGGCCUGCUCCCUGCUACUGGCCGAGGCGGGACUCCUACCGCCGCUGGUCGACUUGCUGAACGCCAAACAAGAGGACGACGAGAUGGUGCUGCAGAUCAUCUACGUGUUCCAUCAGCUGACAGCACAUCCGUCCACGCGGCAGCUCAUCAUCAGAGACACCCACGCUCCUGCGUACCUGGUCGACCUGCUGCACGACAAGAACGCCCAGAUCCGCCGCGUCUGUGACGCCACUCUCGACCUGAUCGCGGAGGCUGACCCGGCGUGGGCCACUCGGAUCCGUCUGGAAAAGUUCCGCUGGCACAACUCCCAGUGGCUGGACAUGGUGGAGACGCAGCCGGCAGAGGAGGUGGCAGCCUACGACACCGACGGAGAGCCGUUCCUGCAUGAGCGCGAUGUGCUCUAUCAGUCGGAUACCUCCUCGGAAGUUCUAUUGGACGAUGACUCCAGCACGCAUGUCAGAUUUGACGUUCUGGAGUGAGCCAAUGAACAGGCACGUUGGCUGAGCUGCUUCUCACCAAAACACUGGUAACGUACUCAACAUACACACGCCGGUGACAUACCCGUGUCUGUCCACCAAUCACACGCCGGCUUCGCUGGUCCAGUGACGUAUCCAGGCCUGUUGACCAAUCACACGCCGGCUUGGGUGGCCGCCAGUGACGUAUCCCGGUCUGUCCACCAAUCACACGCCGGCUUUGGUGGUCGCCAGUGACGUAUGUAGUGCAUUCACUCAGCUGGGAGCGUGGCUUCACUCCAGCUCAGCAAUGCUGACUGAGCAUAGGCCUUCAUAUUGAGUUUCGAGUGUGACUCAGGAGUCGUGUCAAACUCACAGACUCACUCCUCGACUCAGCAACUAUGUAGUUGAGAGCGACUCCGACCCUGGUGAGCUUAAGAUAGGAUCGUUUCUGCCACCGACAUCGACUAAAGCGAUCGAACGACGAUGCUUCGACACGAUACUGUUGCGUUUACGACAGAGGCCUGACGAAA